CAAACAAGCAAGCAUGACAAGUGAGAGAGAAAAAUACUUGGUAAGGAACACAUUAAUCUCGCUUUUAAAGGCAGUAGAAGGAAAAGAAACCACAGUAGAGCUGAGGAACGAAAACUCUGUCACUGGAAAAGUAGAAGAUGUGGAUGGAUUUAUGAACAUUAUAAUGAGAGAUGUUGUUUUCAGAUCAUUUAGAGGAAUGUCACAAAACUUCUCCAGUUUUUUCGUUCAAGGACAAAAUGUUAGAUACGUGCAUAUUCCAGACGAGAUCGACAUGAGAGCAGCGAUAGAUCACCAGGUUAACAAAGAAUGGCGGAUGAAAGCUCAGUUUACACGUGAUGUAAGAAAAGCUGCUAAAGCGAAAAUUACCAAGAGGGAACUUCAGGCGAAGAAGGAGGAUACCCUUAGACAAAGACAGAAAGAGUUUGAAGAGAAGAAAAAUAUCCCACAAAAAACUUAAUUUGGUUUUGUUUAUGAAAGAAACAGUGUUGCAAUGCUGUUAAAGCAGCUUAUAAUAUCAGAUAAAGGGACCACAUGACAGAAAUGGAGUAGUGAAAAAUGAAUUUCUUAAUUACACCACUGGAUGUUGAAUUUGAGCAUUUAACAUGCCUAAUGUUGGAAUACUAUAGGUUAAAAUAUUAAAACACUGAAGACAGAUCAAUUCAUCUGUACAUGAUAAAUGCAUUUGAUGUUAGAUGUUUAUUAUUUCUAUGCAAUGAAGGAUUAAAAAGGGUGAAUUACUUUGA